ACCAAACUAGUGAUGGAUGCGUUUUAGUUUCAGACGUCGCAGGCAGGCAGCGGAAAUGGCUGCGAGUGUUUUCCUCUUCGUCGCAGUGAGCCUCGCCUGUUUAUCUGUCAGUGGGAACUUGGUGUCCGGAAAUAAAUCUUUCACCAUAGACUAUAUAAACAACUGUUUCCUGAAAGAUGGGAAGCCUUUUCAGUACAUCUCAGGCAGCAUCCACUACUCCCGAAUCCCCCAGUACUACUGGAAGGAUCGGCUUACAAAGAUGUACAUGACUGGACUCAAUGCGAUCCAAGUAUAUGUGCCCUGGAACUUCCAUGAAACAGUACAGGGGGUGCACAACUUCACAGGGGACCGAGAUUUGGAGCAUUUCUUGGAUCUGGCCAAUCAGACAGGCCUUCUUGUCAUCCUGCGUCCAGGUCCUUACAUCUGUGCAGAAUGGGAAAUGGGUGGAUUGCCAGCAUGGUUACUAAUGAAACCAAACAUUGUGCUGCGCUCAGCUGACACAGAGUAUAUGCAGGCAGUCAGCAACUGGCUUGCUGUUCUCCUCCCCAAAAUAAAGCCAUGGCUCUAUAUAAAUGGGGGUAACAUCAUUAGUGUCCAGGUUGAAAAUGAAUAUGGGAGUUACCAUAUGUGUGACUACAACUACAUGCGUCAGCUGCGGUCUCUGUUUCGCUACUUUCUGGGUGAGGACACAAUCCUGUUCACCACUGAUGGAAACACAGACAAAGAAAUGACCUGCGGUAGUCUACAAGGAAUAUACGCCACAAUAGACUUUGGCACAGAAAACAACAUAAGUGAUGCCUUCGCCCGGCAAAGACGUUUUGAACCUCGAGGCCCCUUGGUGAAUUCAGAGUUCUACACUGGCUGGUUGGACCACUGGGGAGAUCAGCAUGCUGUGGUUGAUGCUCAGAAGGUCAGCAGAAUGCUAGGAGAAAUGCUAACCAUGGGGGCCAGCGUCAACAUGUACAUGUUUGAAGGAGGUACUAACUUUGGCUACUGGAAUGGUGCUGAUCAUGACAACAGGUUCCGCUCAGUAGUGACUAGUUAUGAUUACGACGCACCGCUGACUGAAGCAGGAGACCCCACAGAGAAGCUAUUGGCCAUCAGAGAUGUCAUUAAGCAGUAUAGAGAGGUUCCCUCUGGACCCAUGCCGCCAGCAACUCCUAAGUUUGCCUAUGGCUUUGUGACUCUGAGAAAGAUAGGUAACUUUAGCAGUCUGCUGAAGACCCUCUCACCCAUGGGGCCAAUCCAAUCCCAGUACCCUCUGACGUUUGAACAGGUGAAACAGUACUAUGGAUACAUGCUGUAUCGCACCACGCUGCCCAGGGACCUCUCAGGGCCCACACCACUUAUCUGUCCACUGAAUGGGGUUCAUGACCGUGCAUAUGUGUCCGUCAAUGGGGUUUACCGGGGUUUGCUGGUGAGAGACACUACGCUGGUGAUGAACAUCACUGGACAGCAGGGGGACACUCUGGACGUCCUCGUUGAGAACAUGGGCAGGGUUAACUUUGGCAGCAAGAUCAAUGACUACAAGGGCCUCUUGAGCAACCUGAUCCUGGGUAAAGACAUACUGACUGACUGGAAGAUCUACCCUUUGGACAUUGAUGGAGCCAUCGCUGGUGGAUGGCCUCAGUCCUCCACUGCUCGGGGGAAGGAACCUUCAGUCGGACCAACCUUUUACACAGGAACAUUAGAGCCCAAUGGCCUGGCACGGGACACCUUUCUCAAGCUCCCUGAAUGGACUAAGGGUCAGGUUUGGAUUAAUGGAAUGAACUUGGGACGAUACUGGCCAUCCAGGGGCCCUCAGCAGACCCUUUACGUCCCUGGACCCCUGCUCAGCACCACCAUGCCCAACAACAUUACAGUGCUGGAGCUGGAGGGGGCACCAGCACACUUAAGGGUUCUUUUUAUGGACUGGCCUCAGCUCAGUAUCACUGCUAAAAAGCCUUAACAGAGUUUUCU